AUGUCGGUGCGGUCAGCGGCGCAAUGCCCGCCCCGGGGGAUCGUGUCUCCUCACUCCUCCGCCAUCUGGAUCACAGACGCGAUGCUUCGCCAGGCCAUUGACCGCUAUCACCGCCAGUUUUCCGCUGCCGCGCCAUGCCGACGAAUCAGCUCCCACUCCGGGCCUCUCGAGAGCCGCCGCCGCCCGCUGGGCAAGCGCAGCAUGACGGGCAUCAUGCCCUCGUCGGCCACGUAUCCCCCGCUGUGGCACUUUGACGUUGCCUGGGUCCCCAGCGAGUGCAAGUGGGAGCCGCCGUCUACCGUGGAGGAACGGAAGAGGAGGAAGCAGUCAAUCGGUCCCUCGGCGCUCUUCGAGAGGCUCAUCUCAUGGCUCGAAAAAUCCGAUGCCGACAAGCCCUUCAUUCAACCCCCACCAGAAGAGGCCAUCGUUGCCAGCGCAUCAACCGGAGAAGCCACUGUAGCGGCUACUGCAGAAGCCAUUGCAGCCGAAUAUGUGUAUCAAGACGUCCCCAUACCCGCAAGAGUACCCCGCGUGCUGAAGGAGCUGCGACGCAGGGUUGCCCGGCUUGAUGUCGUGGACGAGAAGGCAUUGGAAGUCCGGUUGAGGCUGUUUCAGCGCAAAUACUUUCGCAAAAUGGAAACCGCAAGUCUUUCUGUGGAAGAGAUGCGCCUUUUGAUGGACCCCCUUGACCAGGCUUCGAGAGACAGGAUAUCAAAUCCGAAGAUGGCAGACUGGCUCAUCACUCGGAUUCGUCGCUCCCUUUUGACCGGUCUUGAUAUCGCCCAACGCGAAGCUCCCGACAGCGUCGUUCUACCGGACCUGUGGACCACGUUUGCUGCUAUUGUGUGCUCGUCAGGAGGUGGCUAUCAGAACAUCAGGUUAUCACGAAAAAUGAUGAGUCUCAUGCCGGCGUCGAUCCGUGCUCAGGUUCAGAUGGAGGACCUGUCAACCCUGGCACGUUCGUUUGUCGUUGCCCAAGCGAGUAACAACAAUCUUCUCUCAGGCUGGAUUGGCGCUGCAUCUCAAUUCGGAGAAGCGCUCUCAACAUUGAGCCCCAUGCAAUUGCAUGGCAUUGAUGCCGAAAUUAGCACUCUAUUUUUACAACACGAGCAAGAUGUCGAGGCGAGCCGGAGGCUCCGCUUUGCCUGGUUGAUGGCCAAGGCAUACAACUCCACUUGGACAAACGAAGAGUUCGUCCAAUCUUACCGAGAUCUCAUCGCGUCUCAUGAGAUCGACCUCGGAUCCGUCCAGCUGUGGCAGCUUAUAGUCGCUCGACUCAAAUCAGCAGAGGUCAUCGGCACCACCGCCCACUUUGAGGUUACGCGAACAGAGUACAGCUCCCUAUCACAGCGAUGGGCGGCUUUGUUCUCAGCAAUACAUGGGCUUCCCAGCGCCAACAAGGUUUUGCCAGAGCUUUACGGCUUCUUUAAGGAUAUCAACAGGACAGACGCCCUCAUCCACGCCAUAUCCUCUCUUCCGGCUUCUCGAAUGACCAUCGACACGGCUCGUACCAUUGCCACAAUAUGCGACGACCACCGACUGGCCCUGCAGCUCUACGAAGCCGUCCGAGCCCGCCUUGGUCAAGACUCACAAAUCACGACAUCAUGGGGCUGGGAAGCCUGGGUUCCCUACCUAGAGCGCAUCAUCAAAGACCCCGAAAUCACACGGCCGCUGCACUGGGAGAUUCUCGACCUCCCUCGCAUCACGACCCCGCCGGACGCGCACCCGGACGAAGCCGCGCGCGAGAUUCAAGCCAAGAUGGCGCUCGUCGACCGCAUCGGCCAGUGGUACAUGGAGGGGCCGCACCUCAACAACCGGCAGCUGCUCCGGCGCCUGGAGCGCUGCGUCGGCGUCCAGCGGGCGCUGGUGAAUGCCGCCUCGCCGCAGGUGCUGGCGCGCGUGGCGGAGGUGGUGACGCGGGACCUGCAAGGAGGGGACUGGGGUCGGACGACGCGGCUGCGGUGGCUGCUGGGCAUGGUUGCGGAGACGCACGGCGAGAAGCAGGCCGGCGACGUCUCGAGGACGCUGGAGGGAUGGAGGCGGAUGGUGGAUCGGAAGGAGGCGUCUUGA